CGCCGGUUCGCGCCCUCAGCCCCGCAGCGCGGGCGGGGCCUGGCUUCUCCCGCGGGGGCCUGAGGGGAAGGGCCUUGCUCCUGCGCCUCACCGGUCCGGCGCGCACGUUAGGUUUUAGUAGAACAUAACUAUAUUAAUAUUGAAAUUUGCAAAUGCAAUGGAAGACGGCAAAACUGCAGAGGUGCUAGAUAUUCUUCGACUUAACAUGAGAGGUUGUGUGUACACAGCCAGACGCAAGUCUUUAUGCCGCUUUAAGGAUUCAAUGCUAGCAUCUAUGUUCAGUGGACGUUUUCCUCUAAAAAUAGAUGAGUCUGGGGCUUGUCUUAUUGAUCGAGAUGGAAAUCUCUUUGAGUACCUUUUAGAUUAUCUUCAUGGAGAAGUUCGGAUUCCUAAAGAUGAACAAACACGAAUUGCAUUGCAGGAAGAGGCAGAUUACUUUGGCAUCCCUUAUCCUUACAGUCUGUCUGACCACUUAGCCAAUGAAAUUGAGACACAUUCUUUAAGGUCAAAUAUAGAACUUAAAAAGGCUUUGAUAGACUUCUGUGAUUCUUAUGGUUUAGCCUGCACCAAGCCUACUGUUUGGGUUCUGCACUAUCUCAACACAUCUGGAGCAAGCUGUGAGAGUAGGAUUAUAGGUGUGUUUGCCACAAAAGCUGAUGGGACUGACGUACUUGACAAGGAACUGGGAGGAAGAAUAAAUAAUAAAAAUAUGUACAAAAGAGAGGCUGGAAGUAAUGUCCAAUACAUCUGGAGUUAUUAUUCAGUGAGCGAACUGAAAAAGAUGAUGGAUGCUUUUGAUGUCUGGGAAGGAAAAGGAACUUCAGGUUUCAGCUAUUGGAGAAUGCCCCAGCUGAUAGAAUGUUGGACUCUUGAAGAACGCCCUUUGAGAGGAAGUCUCCAUCAUAUGUCUCCAGUUCGUAAAAGACGAUUAAUAGACUUUACUGAAGAGGAGGAAGAUGGUCAAAACUUUAAAGCUGGUCCUAAACCAAUUCGAUUUUCUGGUCCUUCAACAAGUACCCACAUCAAAGUCAAGAACUCUGCUUCAUUAAAGGUAGCUGCCUGUAACACCUCUUCACAUUCUGUGGUAACUCUUAAACGACCCAGCAGUGAUAGUUUGGUACAGCGCAAAGUAGUGCCAAAAACUGAACUUGCAACGUGCCCAUCAUUGCCUACAAGUUCUCAGGCAUCUUAUGGAACUGAAGGUGCUGAAAAUGGGGCAGCAUAUCAAACUACAUUCAACAUCUCAAUGUCUAAGAAACCUAUGACCACUCGUGUGGUAAAACUGAAGCGGACUCCAUUGUGUAUUGUGUCACCAUCUCAGUCAUCUUCCUCACUGAGUAAAACAGAUGAACAGGAAGUUCCUGCUGUUGAAAUUCCUACUACUUCUAUGUCACUAAGAGAGAGAGAAUCCAAUAUAUCAACAGUGAAUAGUAAGAUCAAGAAUAAUGUGGAGAAUGACAAACUGGAUGAUAAUGUUUAACUCUUUAGCAGAGAUUUCCUGGAAUAAUCUGCUAAACGAAGAGUUUCUGACCCCGGUGUCAAGGGACACAUCCUGGAUUAUAAUUUAUUACUAGAGCUGGUCAGAAAUUGUGGAGAAAAAUAGUAAAAAGUACAUGGGCAAAAGGUUUUGAAAUUUAUAGUAAGUUAUGAGUUUUCUUGCUUUACGUUUAAUUUUUUGGGGGAUGGGGCAGGAUGUGUGGAUGUUGAAAAACAUUGUUUGCGAUACAUGGUGACCAUCUCUCAGAUAUUUACUUAAAUCAAGUUGCCAUGAUGUUACUGUCUUUAAAAAUAGAAUAUGCAUGCAUACAAGCAAACCAAACCUAGCUAAUUUCAUUAUUGAUAGAGGUCAGGAUUUAAAAAAAAUUUGAGACCAAGGUUAGGUUCCUAAAUUUGUAUUUUCAAAUUGGAAAAAAAAGGUUAUAUUAAUUAAGAGGGAGAUCCAAUCUUAGAGCCCGACUCAGUCUUCUACUCUCCAGGUAUGUAAAAUACUGGACAUUGCAAAGGUAUCUGACUUAGCAAGAGUAAGGAGUAGGGUUGCUGGCUUCAAAGUGCUUUUUGGGGAGAAUAUAGGAAAAGCAGUUUAACAGCAAUGAAAGGAGCCAUCCUCCUUCCUGCCACAGAGGAGGGACUAGGAAAUGUAAGGGGAAAGAGCCUAUCAUGGAAGCAACAGGGCAGGAUCUUUUCAUAGAAUUGAGACAUACAUGUAUUAGAUUGCCAAGGGGGAGUGUUCUCCAAUGGGGAAUUGAAUGGGCGAGCUAGGAAUUCCUUUGGAAUUGGAAACAGCCUGCCAUUGCACCGUUAUGGUCCAUCCUGUCCUACAAUUGCAGUAAGGCUCUUAUGCCAAAUGCACAGCAGUGAUUGCUUUGUUCUCCCCCCGCUCCCUUCAUAUAUGCGGGACUCUGACAUAUGAGCAGGGACAAGCUCGGCCUCUUUCAAGCCUAGACAACAAAACAGCAGAGUUUGAAAAAUGGGUAAACAACAAAAAUAUGGGUUGAAUACUGCUUUCAGUUGCACCAGUGUGCAUUUGCAGGAACACCAAUGAAAUCAAUGGGUACUGCAGAUCUACACCUGUGUAGCAAAGCAGAAUUUGCACCAAUGUCUUGAAGAAGUGCCUUGAUUCUUCGUGGGUGUUUAGACCAGCAUUGCUUAAUGAGAUUUAUAUAGUGCAUAUUUUUGCUGAUUUUGUUUGACUAAAAAGAGUUUUAACAUUGCCAACCCCAACUGUUCAAAAAUCACAUGAUGGACUUAAACAAUGAGACUUUUCAAGCUUUACUCUGAAGCCAUGAGGGCUAGAAACUUAGCUUUUAUUAAUUUUUUUAAAAAGUGAGAUUCUCAUGUAACAACAUGCCUCCUGUAGCGAGGCGCUAAGAACAACACCAAAUAUCAUGGAAGUUGGCAAAACUGCAGUUUUCUGGCCAUCAACUUACAUUUUGAAGGCCAGCUUGCAUCUUUAAUGGCCCAAGAUAGAAACUUUGAUUUUUUUUAAAUGAAAGUUUGAUUAUGUAGAAAAGAACAAACAUUAUGGAAAAAUGCUAACGUUGUGUACUACCUUGUGUCCAUAGGCCUAAAGUCUGAAAUAUUUUUAGAAGAGAGUUUGAAUGAAAAACCGAUUUUUUCAUACAUAUUCAAUUUUGUUUACUCUUUAUUUCAUUGUUUUAUAAUGGCGCUGUUUGUAAUGUACUUUUUAUCUUUCUAAAAUAAGUUUCCUAAGACUGAAUAUUUCCUUCCAGCGUGGUCUUCAGUGUUUGAUGAUUUUAAAAGUUUUAAACACACACACACACACACACACACACACACACACACACACACACACACACACACACACACACACACACACACACACACACACACACACAACUUUCAGAAAAAAUCUUGUGCAAUUUUCUGUGCUGGCAUCAGUUCACUAUUUACUCUAGAUAAUCUUCCUUGGCAGUAAAGUAUUAUUAUUAUUAAAUACACAUUACUGCCAAAUCCAUAACAUGAUACUCAGUAGCCUGAACAGUCCAGCACAAGACUGAAAUAAAUGGCAGAAACUCCGAGGUUGCUGGAGGAGAAAUAAAUAAAUACAUUCAUUACAAUAGCCUUUAGAGGCACUGGUCAGGUCCCCCAUUGUGCUAGACAUUGUAUGUACUUGUACUAAAGACAGGCCCCGCAUCAGAGUUUACAAUUUAAUUUUUUGACAAGAUUCAGCUGGCAGAUGAAACAGUUGAGCAGACUGCGGGUGGUGGGGAAAUAAAACAGGAUUUCUGUUUAAAGGGAUUGAUUAAAUUCCCUGUUGACAGAACUGGGAAGUUGGCUCAAGCCCAUCAUUAAUGGAGUGGGCACAAACAUGCUUUCUUUUAGUUGGAGACAUAAAUAUCUAUUCUGAUCCAUUUUUUAAAUCUGUAAAGCUAGAUAUUGCACCGUUUCACAUAACCAAUGUGUGUAUAAUUUUGUGCUUGGAUAGAAUUAUGUAUUAACUAGCUCCAACCUAUAACUAUCGAAAGAGAUUUUUAGGGAGGAGCAGCAAUUGCACUUAGCUCUUGCCUGUGAGCAUGCAGGUAACCUGAAACCAAAAGAAACUUGCCAGCUCAGUGAGUAGUUUUCAUGGCAUGGGACACACUUGGCGUUUUGGAGAGGAGGGAACAUUGGGCAGAAUCUUGGCAAGUUAAAAGUUUUUGUGCAGAUUUUUUACAUUCCCAUGGUUCCCCCCCUCCCCGUCCAAAAAUGCAGCAUGGGGCCUAAUGUUUUGAAAGUUUGCUACAUUAAAUUACAAUUGUCUAUUUCAGUAAAGGAUGUCCAGUAUGGCAUUGUAUAUCUGCAUUCACACUCUUACACAGAUACAGGUAACAUGAAAGAUUUGGGGAAGUUGUAUUAAAGAUGAGACUUGAUUCUUCAUUUGGGAUUUUACAUGGUCUGUCAAAUUGUGCUUAAUGACCAGGGUACUUUGAAAAAUGUACCAAGGUAAAUCUAUAAAAGAAACUGAAUUCAGACGAUAACUUCAGUCUAGCAAUCCAUUGUGCUGAGUACUAGCGUCCAAUGGCCAUUAUCUCAUGUAUAAAAUGUAUUGCCUGUUUAGUUUGAUGGAUUAAACAUUGCUGUAAUUUUUUUGUCACUA